AGCUGGUCCAGGUCCGCAGUUCCUACUGCAGCUGCUGAUUUUUCCUCUCCGCCUGAUUUUUCCUUUUUCAUUCUGGCACACACGGUCAUAGUGGGAGCGGACAGGGAGUCGCGGCUGCGGGGAUAAUAUAUGCCAGACCUUGAUCCAGAAAUGGUCUGACAACAACACCCCUCUGAGAACAACACAGAAUACAAGUGUGAGAACUGGCCUAAAAAGACCAGCUGGUCUGGAUAAAGAACUGGUAAGGGAACCAGCACAGUGAAAUGGUCUAUUGUGGAGACAGGAGACAGAACGGAGGACUGGACUGGUUUUAAAAGAGGACCUGUCCAGUCUAGUCUGGUCUGGACAAAAGACUGAUCGUACAAACAUCCUGGGACUGCUCCGGAUAGUGGACUAGUUGCGGUCCGUAUUAAGGAAUAUUCUGGUCUGGACGAAGAAAAAAAAAAAAUCGGGUCACCAUGUCUGCAGUGAUGAUCACUCGUAAAGUUCGUAAAUGGGAGAAGCUCCCUGGAAAGAACACAUUCUGCUGUGAUGGCCGGGUGAUGAUGGCCCGUCAGAAGGGCGUCUUCUAUUUGACCCUGUUCCUCAUCGUCGGCACCUGUGCCCUGUUUUUUGCCUUUGAAUGUCCAUACCUGGCUGUCCAUCUCUCUCCAACCAUCCCGGUCUUCGCUGCUCUUCUCUUCCUCUUCGUCUUGGCCAUGUUGCUGAGGACCAGCUUCAGUGACCCUGGUGUUCUGCCAAGAGCUCUGCCAGAAGAAGCUUCCUUCAUUGAGAUGGAAAUUGAAGCAGCCAAUGGAAACGUUCCGGCUGGUCAAAGACCUCCUCCCCGGAUCAGGAAUGUCGAGAUUAACAACCAGAUUGUCAAACUGAAAUACUGCUACACCUGCAAGAUCUUCAGACCUCCUCGAGCUUCUCACUGCAGCAUCUGCGACAACUGUGUCGACCGUUUUGAUCAUCACUGUCCAUGGGUUGGAAACUGUGUUGGAAAGAGAAAUUACCGUUACUUCUACCUGUUCACUUUGUCGCUGUCUCUGCUCACCAUCUACAUCUUCACCUUCAACAUCGUCCAUGUGGUCAUGCGUUCAGUGGAUAACGGUUUCCUAAACACUCUGAAAGAAACUCCAGGAACUGUACUGGAGGUGUUGGUGUGUUUCUUCACGCUGUGGUCAGUGGUGGGUCUGACAGGCUUCCACACGUACCUCAUCUCUCUAAACCAGACCACCAACGAAGAUAUUAAAGGAUCCUGGUCCGGAAAGAACCGAGUUCAGAAUCCCUACAGUCACAAGAACAUGAUAAAGAACUGCUGUGAGGUUCUAUGUGGACCCACCUACCCCAGUGUGUUGGACAGAAGAGGACUGAUGCAGUUAUCGCCCGUCUCGGAGUUUUCCGCUAAUGACACUGAUGCGUCACCGUGCAGCAGCAGCACCGACAGCAGCAACAGCAGCAAAACACUACCCUCAACCAAGCGCGCCAUCCUGUGUCUACACAAACCUAGGCCUCCUCCAAUCCGUAACAAUCCCACGUCUGACGAUCUCAAAGCCAGCAUCACCGACACGGCGCACACGAGCCCCGCCCACAGCCAGGCAGAGGAGUCUUCUGCUGCGAAAACCCCGCCCCUUGCUACGCCUGAGACUGAUGCCGAAGCGUCCGUUGCGAAGAGCCAUUAGUUGCAUGAUGAUAUGCUGUAUAUAAAAUCAAACCCCUUGACUCUGGCUGUUCCACUCCCCGCCCCCUCCACGACCAGACAUUGGAUAACAAAAUAUCUAAUUACUGGCCAGGUCCCUUGUCAACAUUUACCACAGUAUUUAAUCUCAGGAGCAGAGGUUCUCCUUCUUGUCUUUCUCCUUUCUCCUCCUCAUCACCAGGAGCUGUAGGCGUGUGACUUUUCUCUCUCUGCGUCUCCUUUCCCUAUAGUAUGUAUAUCUGAUAUGUUUAUACAUAUAUAUAUAUAUACCGUAUU